AUGGGUGCAGUCAAUAAUUUUGUUGCCACCAAUUUUGUCCUCGGAACUGCGCAGCUCAACUACGGCUUCACGAUUGAGCGAUGGCACACUGUCCUCAUAGCCUACCUGAUCACGGUGAUCGCAGCUCUUUCCAACAUCUACUUGCCGCACAUCCUCAACAAACUCUCUAAAGCGAUCUUCAUCUGGAAUCUUCUCUCCUUCGCUGUAUGUCUCAUCACCAUUUUGGCCACCAACGACCACAAGCAGUCCGCCAAGUACGUCUUCAGCGACUUUGAGAACUUCACAGGCUGGAACGCACCAUACGCAGCCUGUCUGGGCAUUCUACAAGGCGCCUUCGGCAUGUGCUGCUACGAUGCGCCUGCACACAUGACGGAAGAAAUCAAGAAUGCCCGCAAGCAAGCGCCGCGCGCCAUCAUCAUGGCAGUCUACAUCGGCUUUUUCACGGGCUUCAUCUGGUUGAUUGCACUCUGCUUCUGCAUCGGCGACCUCGAGGCGACAGGAAGCACUCCAACUGGCGUACCAGUGAUUGAGAUCAUCUUCAAUUCUACAAAUAACAUCGCCGGGACGUCUACACUAGCUUCGAUGAUAGCUAUUAUUGCCACUGUCUGCGCCAAUUCGCUGAUGGCAGAGGGUUCGCGGGCAGUGUAUGCUUUUGCUCGCGAUAAUGGGCUGCCAUUCUCUGAGACACUGAGCAAGGUGUCGAGUAGGAGUGUGCCGGUCUAUGCUGUCAUUCUCACAGCAGUUGUUCAGAUGGCAUUUAAUUCCAUCUACUUCGGCACGACAACGGGGUUCAACACGAUCAUCGCCAUUGCAACGCAGGGCUUCUAUCUGUCCUACCUCAUGCCCCUCCUUUCCCGCAUUCUCGCACACUUUUCCGGCAAGAAGACGCGUCUCGAAGGGCCGUAUUCACUGGGGAAAUGGGGCAUCGUCCUCAACAUCAUCGGCUUCAUAUACCUUGCUUUCAUAUGCAUCAUUGCUAACCUGCCUUCUGUUACACCGGUGGACAGCGAGAACAUGAACUACACUAGUGCUGCUACUGGGCUGGUGAUGUUGGUUAGUUUGGUGUUUUGGAUGACUACGGGGAGGAAGAAGUUCACUGGGCCGGAGGAUGGCAAUCUACUGCAGGAGAGUAGGCCGGUGGCUUAA